AUGAAGAAAAACCUUUUAAUCUUUAGUACAUUAAUAAAAGUACUUCUCUUUCCCGCAUAUCACUCAACAGACUUUGAAGUACACAGAAACUGGCUUGCCAUUACUCAUAGUUUGCCAGUUGAACAAUGGUAUCAUGAAAAUACUAGUGAAUGGACGCUCGAUUAUCCCCCAUUUUUUGCAUGGUUUGAAUGGGCUCUUUCUCAGUUUGCACCAAUAGCUGAUAAUGAGAUGCUCAAAGUGACAAAUCUAGAUUAUGCAAGCAAUGAAACGAUCUAUUACCAACGGACAACAGUUAUUGCGAGCGAGUUGGUCUUAUUCUAUGCUCUCCUCAAAUACUUGUCUGUCAAGAAUGAUACAAUCCAUAAAAUUGUUGUUCUUUCAAUCUUUCUGAAUCCGGGAUUCUUUAUCGUGGAUCAUAUACAUUUUCAAUAUAACGGUUUCUUGUUCGGCAUACUUAUCCUGUCAAUAGUGUUAAUACAUCAGAAAAAUGAUCUGGCAUCAGGCAUCGUAUUUGCAAUGCUUCUUAACUUUAAACACAUAUAUUUAUACCUUGCACCAGCUUACUUUGUAUAUUUGCUGAGAGCUUAUUGUUUUGAGAAGGUAACAAACGAUUGUUCAAAAUUCUCCCUCGCAAGGUUUGCAACAUUAGGUGCAUCAGUUGCUGGAGUGUUUGCCAUAUCAUUUGGUCCAUUCUUGCUAUUGGACCCUAUUGGACAGCUUUCCCAAAUACUUUCACGACUUUUUCCAUUUACAAGAGGACUUUGUCAUGCAUACUGGGCACCUAAUUUCUGGGCACUGUAUUCGUUUAUGGAUCGCGUUUUAAUUUUUUGUGCCAAAAGAUUAGGAGUGCACUUGAAUGAAGAAGCAGUAUCAUCUGUAACACGAGGACUCGUUGGGGAUACAAAUUUUGCUAUCUUACCAAACAUUUCACCAAGGAUUACUUUUUUUACUACAAUCGCGUUUCAGAUUCCUUCUUUAGUAAGAUUAUGGAAACAACCCAAUUACGAGAACUUUUUAGUAUCACUGAUACUUUGUGGAUUUGCAUCAUUUCUUUUUGGAUGGCAUGUUCAUGAAAAAGCAAUUUUGCUGGUAUUGAUACCAUUCAGCCUGAUUGUGGGAAAUAGAAAAGAGUAUUUUGAUAUCUUUUUGAUUUUGUCAGUUGCAGGAUUAUACUCUCUAUUUCCGCUACUAUUUCAUUGGCAAGAAUCUGUAAUCAAGCUACUCUUAUAUAUUAUCUGGUUGUUCUUUGUCGGCUUUGGAUUAUCUAGCGAGUAA